AUGGAAUCCGGCACCCGAUGGACGAAAAACUAUUAUGUUUAUAAUCGAUCAGCUCUGGAAGAUUCCUUAUGCCUAUGCCAGUACUGUGUUCAGUACUUGUGUACAGUGGAUUUGAGCAGAAUGAAAAGACACAAAUAUUGUGUUCGAUUCGUGAAUAAUCGGCGAUCGGCAAUGUUCUACGUGAACAUCGACGAGACGUCAACCGACACGUCGGUAUGGCUCAAUUUUCCCGGCGAGACCAAAUUGUUCAGGCCGCACACGUCGCACGCGCUAUUCCAACGCUUCCUGCACCAGAACCUCUUCUAA